AAAGACAAGCUGUUAUCAUAUGAUGAAGCAUCAGCAGCAUUAUAAUGAAAAAUGUAAUAACUGAAUUUAGAACCACAGCUAGCAAUAACAAUAAAUAAAGCAUCUGUCCGUUACUUGAACAGAAAAGCCUGUAGUGCAUUGUUGGUAGAGUUAUACAGGACCAAUAUAUUGAAUAUAAGGUUUUCAAAAUGUAUUUCAAUAGAGGAGGCAUGAGAAGUAGUGCAUUAGCUAUCAGUAAGGGGAAAAUAAACAGAUGAUUGUGAAAGACGACCAUUAGUAUUCCUCAAGCUUUAGAGGGAAUACAAAAUAUCCAUCUAUUCUAUACCUUGGAAUAUUUUGGCUUAUAGCUUAGCCAUAUGGUUGCCUCGUGAAAUCACUGUGCCGGUAAUUUGUGUAAUACAUUUCCCUACCUUAGUCAACACCCCAGGAAUUCUUUAGAGAGCACACAAUAUUCACAUAGCAUGUGGAAAUGAACAAACACUUUCUGCACAACCCAGAAUGCUUCUUACUGUUAAAAACCAAUCACUACUUGUCAGUACUCCGGGUCCAUAAGAAAUACCACUCAUACAAUUAGUGCAAAAUUCACAUGAAGGUUCUCUGACUGAAAACUUUUGUGGAUUUACAUCAUGGGAACACAGCGUGAAGACAUGCAUCGCUAACAGGAUCUAAGUGCUUAUUCUGACAAGACAAAGAAAAAAAAACAGGUACCAUAAACUACUUGACUAAAAGGAUGAUACAAGAAACAGAUUAAACUAAAAUGAAUUAUCGUAACAGUUAAUAGAUAAAAACCGUGGGAACAUAAUUGGCUACAAGAGCAACUGCAGUUACCUCAGGAAAAUGGCCAACUACCAUGAAAAUGCUGCUAACAUCAAGGUAUUACUGGACAAUAAUGAUGCUAGUUCAAGUGACCAUGUUGCAAGCAUACCUGUCCUACUGCAUCCUGCAAGCAACAAAUGAAUACGAGAAGUAUCUGAAGUUGAAAAGAAUUAUGCUAAGUAAAGCUCCUAGCCCAGGCAAUGUCCAUUCAGGCUUAAUGUCCUCAAGUACCCUUCUUUUCAAUAUCUUUAGCCACUGCAGUUCUAAUCACCAAAGCCAACUCGACAAAUUCUCUUGACGGCCUCAAACGAAUAUCAUUCUCCCAUAUCUCAGCAAAAUACCCAGCAAUCAAUUCUUCAAGAAUCGUGGAUAUCCACUUCAUCCAAAUUAUACAUUCACAAAACUGAAAACUUCAAAGGAAGCUCCACCAUGGUGAACACCAAUGGCUCCCUUCCUGACAGAAUUACCGGCCAACUAACUGCUAUAGCAACAUACCUCAAUCUGCACUGCUGUCCUCACUGCAUGGGAGGCAUGCUGGGUCACCUCACCUCCCCGCUUCAGGCUGGCACCGUUCAACAGAUGCUUACGCUUCAACUGACAUAAUGGCCAGCACCUUAUAAAGAAUAAAAAGAUUAAACAAUAACUGGAUUAGUUACCACAUUUGUAAACAUCUGAAAGUACAUUAUAUUUCAGUUGCCCACCACCUGUCUUAGGUAGCUUGGCCGAAUGGUGUUUGCCAACCAGGAAUUUGCCAGAAUAUGACUACAGCCACAGCCAAAAACCUGUUGCUGUUCAACAGUACUCUACCAGAACUGCUGCACUCAAUGAGUGAUCAUCACAGUAAUCCUGGCUGUAUGAAAGCUAAAGACUUCUUUAUCAUGAUAGGGCACAAGUCAUUCACCUUUGCUCUUCAUUAUAGAAGUUGUUGCCAGUCUCCACGGGAGAAACCCCUCAAAUUCAUUGCAUAAUUCACCAUUUGACCAGCCAUCAAGCUGUUAAUGCCCUCACCAUCGCUAUCAUCGGCAUUAGUGAGGGAGCCAUGGACUACCACCUCAUCAGCAGGGAGCAGCGACAGGAUAACACCCCUUAAUGUCAACACUUCAAUCCUCAAGCAUGCCCGACUCUUAGAUUUCCAGGACAAUCUCUUUUCUAACGUGUUUACAGGUUACCCUUACCCAUGCAGCACAUCAUAUUUUUCGAGGUUUCCCUCCAGUAUCUGAACCCCGCAACAGUACAGCUGCAGAAAGGUCAGUAAAAGGGCAGAUCCUGCCCAGUGUCAGAAGAACAAAGUUCACACAAAGUCUCUGCAAAGGCAAGGUCAUUUUGCUACAGCUGCACCGGAGGAAGAGUGUUGUGGCUCUGUUGCCAACACCAUUAUCGUUCACUGCCCUUUGGCCGAGAGAGGCUAAGCUUGGGCGGUCUUAUUUCUGAGUGACCUCACCUAUUCGCCCCAAACAUGCACCAUCAACCCAAUCAAGAGACUUGGACAAGUGGAAAAUUGCCAUUUUCAGCUGGUAAAAGCAAGCAUCUCUCUCUACUUAUAACUUCCACCUUAUCAUUUACUUCACCGCAGAUGCAGAAAGAGGACCAGUGGCAUCACUACAACCAUGACUCUAUAGAAGUUUUACUGAUCAUAUCAUCAUAAUAAAAUAAAAAAAAUACCUGGGAUUUGAUGACGACUACGUGAAUUUAAUCUCCACUCCCAGAAAACCAAACCUCUGACAAAGUUGAAUUUCAUAACAGUUCUUCAAGGUCCUAGCAGCAUUAUCAUUCCUUAUUAUAAUUUCCCACAUAAAAAAAUACAAAUGUAUGGACCAGACACUACCACUCACACAGUAGCCAGGGCAAGGAAGUACCCUGAUACAAUCCUUCAGCGACGAUGGAAUGAGUUUCAGUGAAUAGAAUGGUAAUAAAUACCAAAUGCAAUAAUAAAAAUCACAUUCAUUACAUUAACUGACUGUGGGAGAUAUAUGAAAAUAGAUAGUGACACCUUCAGAAGUGCCUCUUUGAUGAAUAUGUUAUUGGUGAAGAUCUAAAACAAUUAACAAACACCAGAAAAAUAAUUUCAAAGUGACGAAAAGUUUUAUAUGUUCAAGAGACUGAAAGCAUUUAAUACAUCAAGAGAAGACUUACUGUACACGUGGUCUGCUACCAUAUGACCUAUUAGCGAGUAUUUAACCCCCGAUGAAGGUGUCUUUGUUAGAAAAGGGACGAAAUUUACCCGAAUGAACAAGAAUUAAAGGAAAGACAUGUCAGAUAAAUCAGCUUCAUCGGAAGAAACCGAUAUAUAACAAGCAUUUAACAUCAAAAGUAACACAAUAUUACUAGCGACAUCUUAGUUAGAAAAGAGGUUUUUGAACGCCAUUUGAAAGAAAGUGAACAGGAUCUGCUUUAUUUAUAAAUUGCCAUUACUGAUAGUUACUUGACUGAGAAGUUAAUAUCUGUCAAUGUUACCGGAUGAAAAGGGGAUGUUACUGUACUAUCAGUAAAGACUAGCACAGUAUGAAUGAAAACCGACAGUGAAACACAGUACUGCGUAAGUUAUACUUUCCAAACCGUUUUUUUUUUUUUUUAAUAAAUAAAUAAAAAAAGAAGAGCUAGUGGCUAGCAGCAUUAGCAAGAACAGUUAAUGGGACUGCUGCCGUCAUUAGAAAAGAGAUGUAGAUAUGAACGAGAGAACCGUUUUGGAGAUAACUUGGAGAUAGAGAAGACCCAUAGUUCGUUUAAAGCAAGUUUCUAAAAAUAAUGUUGAGGAAGGGAACUAGUAUUUCGAACAAAGGAGAAACAUAGUGCCAAAUCAUUGAAAGAAAGAAAAAAAAAACAGUGGGCAUUUCAUUUCGGCUGUCCGUGUGUGGACAAAUAAAAGAUUACAGCAAAUACACGGAUAUUCGGGAAGAAGUCGUCAUGUUAUAAAAUCAGCAAGUAGUGUAAAAGCAGUUAUUAGACACUAUCGCUUGGAAUAUGUGAAGAAAUGGCAGUCAUUACAAGGAGCAGGAAAUAGAGAAUUAUCGUAAGAGCCAAAUAUUGAUAAAAAGGACAUUCACUGAGUACUACAGAUCACGGCUACAUUGAUUCCACCUUUGCUGCCCUAAAGUAAGGUAACUGACCUCGUACAAGCGCUGAGAUCGAGGCGGGAGAUCCAGACGGCGAGAGACCCGGACGCUGCGAGACCAAGACCCCGGGCGACAUACUCUGCAAAACAAGAGCGACUGAAUGCAUGUUUAUGAUAUUGUAAACGUUGUGCUUUCGGGCGCAGCGGUAAGAAAAUUCGCCGUGAUAUGCCUUGCGGAAAACUAAUUAAAAAUAAAGAAGUGCUCUUUCAUAGAUAUAUGCUUAUAAUUGUUAAAUGCAAGGCAUAUCACUGUUGUGAAUGCAAAGAUUGUAGUAUGAUCGUGAUGGCGUGUUUGAGAAUGUGAAAGUUGGAGCGUGGACUGCACAAAAACAGCCAUUAGAAACACCAAUAUUUAUAUGAUAACUAACCAUUUACCCCCCCCCCCCCUUCUUUUAUGUUGCCCCCGCCCCCCCACCCUUCCUUCAUUCCGAGCAGAUCCCAGUGUUCCAACUUCCAGCACCACCCCGGAGCCUCCGAUCACCUACCCGCCGCACGUCUCUAUACAGGAGCUGCUCUACGAGAGGACGACCGACAUGCACGCGGGGUCCCUGGAGGACUUCAUGUCAGGCGCCAACGGGGAGGACGCGGAGACCUUCGAGCUGACGGACGGCCCCUUCGGCUUCGGCUACGCGGUCAAGAUCAAAGCGGACAACAAGGAGUGCCUAGUGAAGCAGAAUUACGAGAGCACCGGUGACUGCACGAAAGACCCAAACAUCUGCUCCAAGGGCUUCAGCAUCAGCAUCUGGGAAAAGGCAGACUUCAGCUACGACAUAUUUUGGACCAUUAACGAUCUGGAAAACGAGCCCAAGCGAUACGUCUUGUCUACAGGCGGCGACGAGACAGGGCACCCCGGCAUUGCCAUCUACCACCAAGGGAUAUCCCUGGUAGCCAUCGUGUCCACCGGCGACGAAUACUGGAAGCUGGAGGUGUACGGGCCCUUCCAUAACUCGACCUGGAACAACAUCGGCAUCCUGUGGUCCCGACCGCAGUUGGAUCAUGGGGGCCUAGAGAUGCACGUAAACCAUAGACGGGUAGGGACCGUUUUCAAGGGAAUAGCGAGUACAAGGAAGAGCCCGCUGAGCCCGCCGGAACUCAUGAUCGGAUGCCACAAAGACAGCGACAACCAGCUGUACCGAGGCUACAACGAUGCUGAGUUCGACGAGCUGGCCUUGUGGAAGCGCAGUCUGUUGGACAAUGAGACCAUGUUCUUCUUGGGAGGAUAUGAAGGGGAAAUGAGCUUCAUCGACCCUGAGGAAUAUCAGAUGAUGCUCGAGAAAACGGACCUCAAAGACCCUUCGCAGCUCGUGACCGCAUUCAAGGUGCUGUCCCAGAUGAACAUCGCUUCUAAACCCGAAAACGCCACAGAGGAAGAGGCAAUGAACAACACGCUAAGGCUCCAGAGUGUCAUGUCGUCCCUCACCAAUCCAGAGAACGUCAAACGAGAUCUCGCGGUCGACGACUGGGCCAAGCUCUUGGACAUCAUCCAUGCCACAAGCAACCUCCUGGACGACGACAGCGAGGACACCUGGCGCGUGCUGGAGGCGAAGGGCAAGCCCGGCUCCACGGAGGUCGCCAGGGACUUCGAAGGAUACUACCUCAACCUCCUAGAGAAAGUCAGUCUGGGCGGAGAGACCAAACUAGACUACACGAAAACGUCGGAAAACAUUGCCGCUCGGUGUGAAAAAACCCUUAUCCGCGACUUUAUGUCUGCAAGCUCCUACGUCUCUCCGGAUUACAAUCAGAUGAAGUCGCUCUACUCGGAGUGGGACCGACCCAUGGACAAGAUAUUCGUUCCAACCAACAUCUUUACGGACGAGAGAUGCCUGGAGCGCGAGGUGUCCAUCCUGACAGUCCUCUACGACACGUUCGACGACGUCGCCCCCAACAAAGUCAGCAAAGGAACCAUCUUGCCCUCCAGGCCAAACUACCUGGACUCGAGGGUGCUGAGCGUGCGCGUGAAGGGCGUGCCGAAGCUGGACGCGGAGGGGCGGGUCGUGCCCAGCUCCCCCAAGUGCGACCCUGACCCUGACACCAUUGCGAGACACCCGAUGAAGAUUAUAUUCGAGCACAAUGUCAAGGAGAAGGCCCUCAGGAGGAUACUUUUCCACGACGAGGAGCCAACGACUAAGAUCAAUUACCGCCACUGCGUAAGAUGGAACGACCAGUAUCAGAUGUGGGACAGCGACGGGUGCCGCGUGGAGGAGACCACCAUCACCUACACCAGGUGUUCCUGCAGGGGAUUCGGUUCCUUCGCGAUCAUGGUCGAGGAAAUCGAACCUAUUGUGGCCCCUGAAAUACCAGAAGGGAUGAUACUGCUGAUCAAAAUUCUUUACCUGGUGUCCAUGAUUUGCCUUCUUCUGUAUAUGCUUGUCGUUGGAUUAUCCGGAGACCUGAAGGACCAACACCACCUGGUAGGCUUGAACAUGGCCGGCUGUCUGCUACUCGCAGACCUUAUGGUCCUGCUGACGUACCUUCUGCCGAUUCAUGAAGGCCGCCACAACUGCGCGAUUGUCGGGUCGCUCAUCCAUGGCUUCUUCCUCGCUGCUGGGGGCUGGAUGGCUAUGAUGGGCCACACUGCAUUCAAGACAAUUACUGCAGGUGUUAUCGGCGGGAAACUUCGCUCCUACUUCUUCCUGUCUUGGGGCAUCACCAUCACCUCCAUCGGAGUGACUUACAUGGCGUUCCUGCGUCACCUUGGCACCGAUCCCCGAUGCUUCAUAUCAUGGACAAACGAGGUCAAGGGGGUAUUUUUCGUGCCCCAACUGGGCUUCUGCAUGGCGGCCGUUUUCUUCGUGUGCAUCGUCUUCUUUAACCUGCACACAGCUAGUCUAAGGAAUGGCACCAUCCUGGCAGAUUACAGAUCCUUCAGCAUAGGAUCAUCCGUCCUUGCCCUGUACUUCUCCACCACCUGGGCCAUCGGCUGCGCUGCCCUCAUCCGCUGGGAAAGCGAGGUGCCAAACCUGUAUCCAAUCUAUGAGAUGCUCAACAGCUUCACGGGUGUGGUGCUCCUCCUCUCUAUUGGCUUCGGAUCGCGGCGGUUCAGGAUGUCGCUUUCGGGACAAUACAAAAAGAAGCGUCAAAUGUUGAACGACUACAAGAAUAAGAGUGACGAUGCGCAACCACUCGGCUCUCCAGAAGACCAGCCCAGGCCAAUUUCUGCCGCGUCUACGGUCAUUGCACAGUGAAACGAUUUUAACAAGGAAAUGUAUUUAUGAAGUUCAGCUGUCUGAAGGACUGAUACAAUUUUGUGUUUAAUGUUUUAUCUCCAUCAUUAAUUUUAAUUGUUAGGAUAAUGACAGUGAUGAUUGCUACUGCUAUUCCUGUCAUCAUUAUUAUUAGAUAUCAUUACUAGUUUUUCUUCUUAGUAUUAUUAUCAUUAUUAUUAUUAUUAUUAUUAUUAUUAUUAUUAUUAU